GUGUGUGAAUUAACAUAUGUCUGUGAUUUUUGAUGAGCGUGAUCAUUGUUUACCAUUUGAAAUGAACAAAAAAAAAUUGAUUUAUGGAUAAUGACCAGUGAUUCAACUAAACAGCCAUUAAUUGGCUUUGUUCAUUCUAAAAAUUCACCUAUUCAACAGCAAUCCGAUAACGAUUCAAUAGCUCAAAAAUCAAGUGGUAAAUUUUACAAAGAGAUCAUUGCUCAAUCAUCAUCAUCAUCAAUAUCAAAAGCAUCACCAUCAAGAUGUAAAACAAAAUCCAAUCGAAUGAUAAAAUUUGACUGUGAUGCAUGUGGACGAACUGUACAAGCAAUGAAUAUUCAUUCACAUAAUCUAUCUAUUGAACAUCAAUUCCGUGCGAAUCAAUUUAGCGAAAUCGAUACAUCGUAUGCACAAUAUGCCCAUUUGAAUCGACCAGAUAAUUGUGGCUAUCAAUUACUUCGUAAACAAGGUUGGUCUGGUCGAACAGGCCUUGGUCGACAAGAACAAGGUCGAAAAUUUCCUUUGAAAGCUGUUGAAAAACAAGACCGCAAAGGAUUAGGUUAUGAACAAACGAUUGAUCAAUCGAAAGAAAUCCAAACAAGCAGACAACAAUCAUUUGAACGUAAAGAUCAAAUUCUACGACGGCAAAAUCGAGAACGAAGACUAGAAAUUGAAUUUCGUCGUCAAUUUCGUGAUGAUGGUAUUAUAUAACAUUGAACAAAUUGUCAUGUGUUAUCAUUCAUUUGUUAAUAAAUCAAAAUUUUAAUUUUUAUAUAAAUAAUAAUUUUCGGAAUCAUUUUGUUUUUGACGGAUCAUAAUUCCGAUUGAAUAUAUUCUAAAUUAUAUGGCAUAGUAAAGGUUUAGCUUCGACCGGUUUCUUUUUUACGA